AUGGCAGAGGACAACCAAAGAGUGGAUUAUCUGGCUGGGUUUUGCUGCCCAGUUGGGGGUCUGGCUGCAGGCAAACCUCGGGUACUGUGCUAUGAGUCAGAAAUCUACCUCUCCAAUGGGAGUGAAUUCGUCUAUAUCUACAACCAAGAAGGAAAACUGCUAAAUGCUGUGUAUAGGUUUCCUGAUCAAGUCUGGCAUCUGGAGCUUCUCACCUUACGUAAGGAGCUCUAUGUCCUGUGUGCUCGAAAUGGCAUUUACUGUUUGUCAUUGGACCCUCAAAGCAGGUUGAUGAACCAGGCUGAUGGUGAGGACAAAGAAGGUGAUUUCCCUUCAAGUGUAUUUCCUGUGGACUCAGACUCCUGUGUCUUCCCUGAUGCUACUCUGUGUGCUUUCACGGUGCUGAAUGACAUCAUCAUCACCCUGGCUCAGGGCCCAUCCAAAUGGAAGAUGAGACUGUUUGAGCAGCCCCAAGGCUCCGAUGAGGACCCCAGGCCAGGGAGCCAGUUCAGUGAAGUGGAGUUCUCUACCUGCAUCUUGCCAUCAGGGAGCAAUGGAAAACCCCUAGCCUCUCGCUUUCUCCCAGUCCUGUGCUGUGCAUCCCCUCCAGGGACCAGUGUUCCUCACAUACCUUGGCAUAGUUCUGGAGGUUUUGUGCUAGAGGAGACCCUCUUUGGUUUGCUUUUUGGAGCAGAUGCUGCCCUUCUGGAGUCUCCCAUGAUCCUUUGUGGUUUUCCAGAUGGUCAGUUGUGCUGUGUACCUUUGAAGGCCCUGUUGUCUCCUGAAGUGGCUCUUGGUGGCCCAGAAACUCCAGUCAAGAUACUUCAUCACUUAGAAGAGCCUGUGGUCUUCAUUGGAGCUCUGCAAACAGAACCAAGAAUCCUAGAAGACAUGGAUGAGAAACCACUAAAUGAAGAUACAAGCUGUGACUGUAUGGUAGCUGUUGGUCACUAUGGCAAAAUGAUUGCCAUUAAGUCCAGUCGAGAAGAAGGAGGAAAUUUAGUGCCAGAACUCAGAGAAUACUACAUUAGAGGACCUAUCCUUUGCGCUGCCUGUGGUGUGGGAAGCCGCAUGUAUUACAGCACCCAUUCUGAUCUCUCUGUGGUUGACCUUGCUUGUAACAGCAAUCCCUCAGAACCUGAGAAGAUAGAUAAUGCCCAGGGGGUCCUACCGCCAGUUCUGUCUCCAGCCAGUUUAAGUAUCUGUAGUGUUGUGACCCUUUCUGUAUCUUCUAGGGCACCUAAAGGUGAAGCAGAACUAUUGGCCCUGUCUGCCAAGGGCCGACUAAUGACCUGCAGCCUGGAUCUGGGUUCUGAGGAUUCUCGGCCAGUAAGGAUGAACACAGGAAAAGUGGGUCAAAAAAUUAAGGAAUUACUCUCUGGAAUUGGCAAUGUCUCUGAGAGAGUGUCUUUCCUGAAGAAGGCAGUUGAUCAGCGGAACCGUGCCCUGACGUGCCUCAAUGAAGCCAUGAAUGUGAGCUGUGCCCUGCUGUCCAAUCGGGAAGGACCAAAGCCCAUUAGUUGUACCACUACUACUGCCUGGAGCCGCUUUCAACUUCAGGAUGUGCUGACAGCCACUUGUUUGCUUGAGAAUAGUAGUGACUACAAUCUAGACCAGGGUUGGACCUUUUGCAUUCAGGUGUUUACUAGUUCCUGUGCCUUAGAAGUGGACUCUGUUGGCUCUGCCAUCACUUAUACCAUUCCAGUUGAUCAGCUCACUCCUGGCAGUAAAAGAGAAGUGACAUUACCACUUGGUUCCAACGAAAAUGGCAAACUAGACCUACCUGUGACCAUAUCCUGUGCACUAUUUUACAGCUUGAAAGAGAUUCUGGGCAGUGCUUUAACCUCUUCAGAUUCUCUGGAUGCCCCCUUUUUUGAUGACUGCCCCCCUGAUAUCCUGCCUGACCGGGAUGGUAUCUUCCUGCCCCUGGGUGAAUACACUGUGGACAUGCUACAGUGCCUUCGUUUCCCUAGCCUUGUGGUGGCUGAAGUGCAAGUUCCAGGCCUUCCCAGCCCUACCAAUGAUCCUGUGAAAACCUUUUUAGAAGCCUCCAGGGGACAAGUAGAGCCUGAACAUAUGAAAAACAUCGAGCCAAUAGGACCAGAUUUCCUUAGAGCCAAAUACCUUCCACCAUCAGUGGCCUCAGUCAAGGUAUCAUCUGAGCUGCUCAAAACUGCCCUGAAGGAGUAUUGUUCAGAAGUCCCCCUGUGUUGUGCUACUCUCCAGUGGCUAUUGGCUGAGAAUUCCAUAGUGGACAUAGUGAAGACACAAGUGCUGACAGAAGUCCAGGGGAUGGCCCCAGACGGAAAUGACAUCCACCUCCUCGUCCGAGAGGUGGCUGUGACUGAGCUAUGCCCUGCAGGGCCCAUCCAGGCUGUGGAAAUCCAGAUGGAGAGCCCCUCUCUGGCUAACAUGUGCAGGGUGCAUCAUGCAGUGAUCAGACGCAUCCAGGUAAUGAUCAUGGACCAGGCUGCUCAGGGUUCUAACCCACCUGAUCUCCGAGUGCAGUAUCUUCGACAGAUCCAUGCCAAUCAUGAGAUGCUACUUAAGGAGGUUCAGGCACUGAGAGAUCGCCUGUGUGUUGAAGAUGAUGCCAGUGCCAGUGCCGCUGCAGAGAAACUCCUACAAGUAUACAAGCAGCUGCGCAACCCGAGCCUCAUCCUGCUGUGACCCCUGGCACAGGUUCUUCUGUUAAACAGCUCUGACAUUUUACCUCUUGACUGCUAGAAAAUUUU